UGCGUUGUGCGCUAUGAGCACAAGGAGACUCGGAACGUAAAUGAUAACGGCGAUAACUGCUCUCUUCAUCCUCGCGUAUAAGAAGUCGGAUGCGAGGCACAGCAUCUUCAACCGGUUGCCGCCGACAGAAUCUCAGAACAUGUGGAAGCGUGUGCUCGCGUGCGCACUGCUUGGGGCGGUCGUUCAGGGCCGUCGUUUCUACCCAGCCCACCUGAGGCCUGUGUCCGACGGCAUGGUGUCCUUCAUCAACAAGUUCAACACUACUUGGAAGGCUGGACGAAACUUCAACAGGAACGUGUCACCCAUGUUCUUGCGAGGCCUGCUGGGUGUCCACCCGGACAACCGGCUUCACAGGCUACCUGCUUUUCGCCACACUGAGAUUCCCGAAGAUCUGCCAGAAUCCUUCGACGCUCGCGAGAAGUGGCCGGAGUGCAAAAGCAUCGGGCUUAUCCGUGACCAGUCGAGUUGUGGGGCUUGCUGGGCCUUUGGAGCGGUCGAAGCCAUAUCUGACCGCAUCUGUAUCCACAGCCAGGGCAAGGUGCAAGUGAACAUCUCUGCCCAAGACAUCCUGACGUGUUGCGGCAGCUGCGGUCGUGGCUGCCUCGGCGGUUUCCCGUCAGCCGCGUGGCAGUUCUACAGGGACCGGGGCAUCGUAUCUGGAGGCCUGCACGACACCGACGACGGCUGCCAGCCGUACGACUUCCCGCCCUGCGAGCACCACACCGUGGGGCCGCUGCCAAACUGCAGCGAACACAUCUCACCGACGCCCCGCUGUACGCACACCUGCCGCAAGGGCUACGAGACGGACUACAGCGAGGACAAGUACAAGGGGGAGAAAGUUUACUCCAUUGAGGCUGACGAGACGCAAAUAAAGACCGAGAUAUUCAAGAAUGGCCCUGUCGAAGCGGACUUCGACGUCUACGCUGACUUCUUCUCGUACAAAAGCGGCGUCUACCAGAGGCUUAGCAGUGACUAUCAGAGUGGGCACGCUGUCAAAAUCCUGGGAUGGGGCACGGAAAAUGGCGUGCCCUACUGGCUUGUAGCCAACUCAUGGAAUCCAAACUGGGGCGACAAAGGGUACUUCAAAAUUCUUCGUGGAACGAACGAAUGUGGUAUAGAAAACGACAUCAACGCUGGAAUCCCCAGGCAAGGCACUUCGGUCGACUAAUAAAGAUAAAAGAGAAACUCAAA